GCCAGUAAACCCACAAAGAAGAACAUGACGACACUCCAAAACAAACGCGGAGACACCAAAAAUCCGAGGGAUUUUACAUAACUACUUAUUUUUACCGUUUGAUUCUGUUUUAAUGUCUGAAUGUCAGUAAGAAGAAAAUAACGUUAGAUAUGAAUCUGCAUACGCGAUGGACAUCGGUUAUAUUUAUCUUUGAAAGCGCAUUUAAAGACACCUCGAGUAAAACAGUUUAACGGCUGCUUUAACGGAACACGAGUACAAAAUGCUGCAUCCUCGUCGAAUGUGAAGUUUAAUGCAUGUAAGAAAAUCACACAGAGAGACACAACUAUAAAGUUUAUCAGAAGAGAUUAGAUGAAGAGUUCAGUUGCAUGUCUAUGAAGAAUGAGAGGGCAAUGGAUCCACCAACAACAUUUAAGAGACCAGACGUAACCGAACCCGUCUGUAAAAAGAUGAAGAUUGAUCAGUCUGUGAAUCAACCACAAUAUGUGUAUCCUGAAUUCAGCCAUGACUCUAAACUUAAUGAAGUCCUGAACACAUUUAAAUCAAAUCUGAGAGAGAAGUUUCAAUGUUUGUAUCCAGGAACAUCAAAGCAGAGAAACCCAACACUACUGAAUGAGAUCUACACAGACCUCAACAUCACACAGAUUAAAAGUGGAGAGGCAGAGGAUACACCAAUCAAAUGUAAUGACAUCUUUAAACCUUUACCUGCAAAAAACAAAAACAUCAGAAGUGUGAUGACAAAGGGAGUCGCUGGCAUUGGAAAAACAGUCUCUGUACAGAAGUUCAUUCUGGACUGGGCUGAAGAGAAAGAGAAUCAGGACGUCCACCUCAUAUUUCCACUUCCUUUCAGAGAGAUCAAUUUGUUGAAGGACAAAACACUCAGUCUUUUAGAUCUUCUUCAUCUUUUCUUCCCAGAGAUAAAAGAAAUGGAAAUCUUCAGUGAUGAAUAUAAAGUGUUGUUCAUCUUUGAUGGUUUGGAUGAGUGUCGUCUGUCUCUGUAUUUCCACAGCAGGGUAAAGUUCAGUGAAGUAAGUGAAUCAACCUCAGUGGAGGUGAUGCUGACAAACCUCAUCAAGGGGAAUCUGUUUCCCUCUGCUCUCAUCUGGAUCACCUCCAGACCAGCAGCAGCUGAUCUCAUCCCCUCUGAGUGUGUUGAUCGAGUCACAGAGGUACGAGGCUUCAGUGAUCCACAGAAGGAGGAAUACUUCAGGAAGAGAAUCAGUGAUGAGUGUCUGUCUGAUCAAAUCAUCUCACACCUGAAGUCAUCCAGAAGUCUCUUCAUCAUGUGUCACAUCCCAGUCUUCUGCUGGAUUUCCGGCACUGUUCUAGAGGGAAUAUUGAGGGAAGCAAAAAGAAGAGAGAUCCCCAAGACUCUCACUCAAAUGUACACACACUUCCUGAUCAUUCAGAAGGACUACGAGAAGAAUAAAGACAUGGUCUUCAAAAUGUGUAAACUAGCUUUUGAGCAGAUUAUGAAAGGCAAUCUGAUCUUCUAUGAUGAAGACUUGAGAGAGUGUGGCAUUGAUGUAUCAGAAGCAUCAGUGUACUCAGGAUUGUGUACUCAGAUCUUCAGAGAGGAGUUUGGUUUGUGUCAGAGGAAAGUUUACAGCUUUUUUCAUCCGAGCAUUCAGGAACAUCUAGCAGCUCUACAUGUGCACCUCUCUUUUAUGAACAACAACAUAAGUGUGUUGACUGCAUUUAAAAUGAAUCAAAGUUGUAAGCCUUCAAUAAUUGAUCUGUAUCAUAGAGCUAUAGAUGAGACUGUGAAGAGUAAAAAUGGACAUCUGGAUCUUUUUCUUCGUUUUUUUCUGGGUUUGUCACUGCAGUCGAAUCAGAAUCUCAUACCAGGUCUGAGGUUACUGACAUGCUACAACUUUCAGAUCAAUGAGAAAGCAAUGAAAUACAUAAAAGAGAAGAUCAGGAAGAAUCCUUCACCAGAGAAAUCCAUCAAUCUGCUUCAGUGUCUGAAUGAACUGGGUGAUGUUUUACUAAUGAGGGAAAUCCAACAAUAUCUGACAUCUACAACAAAAAAUAAAACCACACUGUCUUCAUAUCAGUGGUCAGCUAUAGUUUCGGUGAUGCUGACAUCAGGACAUGAGCUAAAUAAGUUUAAUAUGAAUCCGCUUGUUAAAGGAAUCAAUGCUGAAUCACUGAAAGUUCUUAAGGAGCUGCUGCCUGUGAUUUGUGAAUCCAGAUCAGUUCAGUUAAUUUCUUGGAAUAUCACAGAUGAAGGUUGUGUUGCUCUGUCUUCAGCUCUGAGAUCAAACCCAUCACACCUGAGAGAACUGAAUCUGGGUAAUAAUAAACUAAAAGAUUCAGGAGUGAAGCUGCUCACUGACGUACUGAAGAAUCCUGACUGUAAACUGCAGAUACUGAAGUUGAAUUCUUGUUGUAUCACAGUUGAAGGUUGUGCUGCUCUGACUUCAGCUCUGAGAUCAAACCCAUCACACCUAAGAGAUCUGAAUCUGUCUCAGAAUAAUCUUGGAGAUUCAGGAGUGAAGCUAAUCUCUGACGUAUUGAAGAAUCCUGACUGUAAACUGGAGAAACUCUGGUUGAAUUCUUGUUAUAUCUCAGCUGAAGGUUGUGCUGCUCUGACUUCAGCUCUGAGAUCAAACCCAUCACACCUGAGAGAACUGAAUCUGUCUCAGAAUAAUCUUGGAGAUUUAGGAAUUGAGCAUCUCUCUGAUCUACUGGAGCAUCCUAACUGUAAACUGGAGAAACUCUGGUUGUGUUUUUGUAAUAUCACAGAUGAAGGUUGUGUUGCUCUGUCUUCAGCUCUGACAUCAAACCCAUCACACCUGAGAGAACUGAGUCUGUGUAAUAAUAAACUUGGAGAUUUAGGAGUGAAGCUGCUGUCUGCUGUACUGGAGAAUACUCGCUGUAAACUGGAGAUACUGAAGUUGAGUGCUUGUAAUAUCACAGAUGAAGGUUGUUUUGCUCUGACUUCAGCUCUGAGAUUAAACCCAUCACACCUGACAGAUCUGUUUUUGUCUCAUAAUAAUCUGGGAGAUUUAGGAAUGAAGCUGAUCUCUGAUCUGACAAAUGAUUUAAAUUACAAACAGAAAAAACUAAGAAUCAUAGUAAAGAAGAACUCAUAACAAGAGUUGAAAAUAUAAGAUGGUGUCAAACCCGGACAAAUGACUUCAAAUGGAGCCAUUUUCGGAAAACAUUUAAUUCAUGUUGAAUCAACAUCUGAAACAUUCACAUCUACCCCCAAGAAGGCCACCAUCAUGGUUUGGGGACAAAGUCUUACACCUCACCAAGCUGUUCAGCUCUCAGGACAAACUGUAUGUGAAAUGCUGCAGUCUUCAUGCACAGUGUCUGAAACCGGCCUUGUUUGAUGUCAUAUGAAGUAUUUUAAAGCAACACUAUUGGCGCUUUUCCAUUGCAUAGUACCCCACAGUUUGGUUUAGUUUGGGUCGGGUCAGCUUACUUUUGGGAGCUUUUCCAUUGGGAUCACUUCGUAGUACCCGAUACUUUUUUUCGUACCACCUCGGUUGGGGUUCCAAGCGACCCGAGCUGAUACCAAACGUGACGCGUAAACACUGUAGUUCACUGAUUGGUCUGAGAGAGUCGUCAUCGGCGCCGUCAUCCUAUUAUGUAAAAUAUUAGCUUUAGCUUAAGCUUGCUGGUAGCUUGCGCUGUCUCGAGCAAACAUGUUGUCAUCUGUGCUCUGUUUUAAGUUUCCAAACACCCUUUUAGCGAUUAAAAACAUCCACAGGUUGUGAAUCAGGAACACAUAAAAGUUUUUUCCAGACUUGCAGUUUGUGGCGGCACAUUCGCGACGUGCACGUCAGUAUUAUUUAUGCUUUAAUGCAACUUCAUUGAGGCUCAGCGGAGCGCCGUCGACAGACGCCACGAGUGUUUGAACAGAAACUGUUAUGUGAGACAGAGGUAGUUAUAAACGCGAUGUGCAAAGUAAACUUCUAUUUGUGGUGGCCAAUUUUAAUUUUGUGGCGGCACAUUCGCGACGUGCACGUCAGUAUUAUUUAUGCUUUAAUGCAACUUCAUUGGGCUCAGCGGAGCCGUCGACUGACGCCACGGGUGUUUGAACAGAAACUGUCAUGUGAGACAGAGGUAUAGUGAUAAACGCGAUAUGCAAACGUCUGUUUGUGGUGGUCAAUUUUAAUUUUGUGGCGGACUGAUAAAUAAAUAAAUGAAUGGGAAUGUACAACGACGCACUCACUUGUAUGAUGUCAUGUCACAGCAGGCAGCGCAAAUAUAACAACACGCCUAUAAUCCCUCCCACUGCGAAGUGAUACUAAACUCAAUGGAAAAGCUAACCAAGCCAAAGUGAGGUGAGCUGACCCGACCCAAACUAAACUAAACCGUGGGGUACUAUGCAAUGGAAAAGCGCCAUAUGUAGUUUCCAUGUAAAAAUGACUUACAGCUCCCCCAUGUGGUUGAAAAGCGCAACAGUGCCUGGUAUCAGACACUCUUCUGCAGGCAGGGGGAGGGGAGGGGCUGUGUUUCCUACCCUCCACCGCCACUUUCAGAGUGUGCUUUUAGCAGCUAGGAGGCUGCUCAGGUUGCAGCAACAGUACAAUUUGUCCAGUUAAAAGUUGUUCUAUCACUGAAAUAAUUUUAGAGACAUUAUUUAAAGGUAAAAAAACUACAUAGUGUUGCUUUAAUGCAAGCGGUACAAUUUGGUUGAUUAAUAUAACAACAGAAUUCAAUAUUAAAAUGUAACAACAAAUUUUGUUUCUCUCAGUGCUGAUAGACACCUCCCCCUCUCAGGCAUAAACCAAUCACCUACUAUAUGCAAAUUAAGGACAGCCCUGUGUUUACAGGCACCAAUCAGUACCAAAUUCCCAUAUGCUUUGUUCUCUCUGGAUACUUGAGGAAAAUUUUUGAUUUUCUCUAUUCAGAAAUGAGCCCCAUGAUGAGGUGUCUUGGGUAUUUUUAGUUUAUUUUGCUUAACAUGUAUGCAAUGGUUUUUCCUUUGUUUUGUAUUUGAAUUGUUUGUAAAUUGGCUUCUUGUUUUUCGUACCUGGUUAAUAAAUUGUUACGUUUGAU